AGUUCUUAGAACCAAGUGAGGGAUGCAGUCUUUGGUUCCUGAAGGACUAAAGUCAGGAAAAUUCAAGGAGCUGGGGAAUAGAGAUCCAAGUGCGGAGAAGGCAGCGAUGGGAGAUUUGGAAUAGGGAACGCUGAGUCACCAGAAAUGGAAACUCCAAGUUAUAGAGAAGCUCCUGGACCAGCGGAAGAUAGAGACUCUGAGCACCUGGGUCAGAAGAAAUCAUGGGCGAGUGUCCAGGCCUUCAAGACACAGCAACCAGGAGAAGGCUGAGAGGCCAAACCCAGGCAUGUUCAAGAUCACCAAGAAGGGGCAUCCUGGCCAGGAAGGUGGAGUGGUGGGUUUUCAUUCAACAAAUAUUUACUGUUUACCUACAAACAUUGUGCCAAGCCUUUGCUGGACACUGGGGUUUCCAGGAACGUGUUACAAUCCCUGACCUCACUGUAAAGCCAGUGGACAGUGUUAAGGAGCUAGCACAGAACUGGAACCAGGGGAAGUACUAUGACGCAGGACACAUCUGCUAAGCCAGUGGACAGCGUUAAGGAGCUAGCAUGGAACUAACUGGAACCAGGGGAAGUGCUAUGAUGCAGGACACAUCUACUGGGGAAACCCAGCGGGCAGCAAUUAACUUGUGGUCGGGGAGAGGAAGCUUCACAAAAGAGGCACCAUGAGGGUGAAGUUGGCCAGACAGAGAAAGGGUCAGGACAUUCUAGGCCGAGGCAAGGCCUGUGUACAGGCCUGGUGGCACGGAGAGCUGAGUGUGUUAGAGCAGAGAGGGCAAGGAGGAGAGCACAGCCUCUGACCUCACAAUACCCAGGGCCUGCUGGGCCAGCCUUGCAGACUCUGCACCCUCCUUCAGCCCGGGGAAGGCCUGGGGCCCUGGGCAGCCUCCAGGUGCAGUGCCCUCCCGUGGGCCGCACCCUUCCCACUGCCCCAGGGCAUGUCUCUACUCACCAAUUAUGAGGGGCUUCGGCAUCAGAUAGAGAGGCUGGUGCGGGAAAAUGAAGAACUGAAGAAGCUGGUGCGGCUCAUUCGGGAGAAUCACGAGCUCAAGUCAGCAAUCAAGACUCAGGCAGGCGGGCUCGGCAUCAGCGGGUUCAUGAGUGGGCUUGGUGAGGCAACAGCAGGUCUUCCCUCACGCCAGAACAAUGGUGUCUUCCUGCCCCCGUCCCCAGCAGUGGCAAACGAACCAGUCCUGGAAGAAGUGGGGAUCAUGGCCUUGGCCCCCCUGGCUGAGAUGCUAACCAGCUUGCAGCCCAGUGCCACGCCGGGCUCACUCAUGAGCCCCCUGACAGGCACCCUCACCAGGCUGCUGUCCGGCCCAGCACCCAUGUCACAGAGCAGCCCCCUCACCGGCUUCCUGACCAGCCCCAUGGCGGGGCCCCCAACGGGCACACUGGCCAGUUCCCUGGGCCUGCUCUCCACUGGCCCCCUGCCUCCCAGCAGCCCCCUGGCAGGCCCUGUGGCUGUGUCCCAGAGCAGCCCCCUGAUAGCCCCUGUGACGGGCACGGUGGCUGUCUCUCUGAGCAGCCCCCUCCUCAGCUCCACUGCCACCCCACUAGGGGUCUCUCAGAACCUGCUGGCCAACCCCGUGAGCAACGUGGUCCUGCCAGAGGCCCCAAGGCUGCGGCUGGCUGAGCCACUCCGCGGAGGCCCCUCUGGGCCCCACUCCCCAGCUUGCAUGGUACCUGCUGCCACCACCAAAGUCCCACUCUCCACUGGGCCCCCCCGGUCGACCCAGGACCCAAUGCCUCUCAGCAUGGCGUUUGCAGGCGCACCCCUCCAGACCUCCACCCCUAUCGGAGCCAUGGGCACACCUGCUCCCGAGACGGCCUUCUCCUUCAACACUUCGGACACACAGGCCCAGCCCAGUGCCGCCCAGGAACAAGUGGUCCCUGCAUCUGUCCCCACCCCCCCCACCACCUCUCCCACAGUCACCGUCCUUGCCUCUGCCCCUGCCCUUGUCCCCCAGGUUGCCACCAGCUACACACCCUCAAGCACCACCCACAUCGCCCAGGGUGCCCCCCAUCCCCCUUCCCGAAUGCAUAAUUCCCCAACCUGGAACCUGCCUGCCCCCCACUGUCCUCCACACAACCCCCACUCCCCACCUCGUACCUCAUCCUCCCCAGCUUCAGUCAAUGACUCUCGGGGUCCACGCACCACAGAACCGUCGAGGAAGAGCAUGAUGGAGGUGGAACGGAAGCUGGCCCACCGCAAGACCAGCAAGUUCCCUGAGAGCCCCCGAGAGUCGAAGCAGCUGGCCUGGGAGAGGCUGGUGGGUGAGAUCGCCUUCCAGCUGGACCGCAGGAUCCUGUCCAGCAUCUUCCCAGAGCGUGUGCGGCUCUACGGCUUCACUGUCUCCAACAUCCCGGAGAAGAUCAUCCAGGCCUCUCUGAACCCCAGUGACCACAAGCUGGACAAGGAGCUGUGCCAGACGCUCACACAGCGCUACGUGAGCAUCAUGAACAGGCUGCAGAGUCUGGGCUAUAAUGGGCGGGUGCACCCUGCGCUGACCGAGCAGCUGGUGAAUGCCUAUGGCAUCCUGCGAGAGCGCCCGGAGCUGGCGGCGUCCGAGGGCGGCUCCUACACUGUGGACUUCCUGCAGCGUGUGCUGGUGGAGACUGUGCACCCUAGCAUGCUCACCGACGCACUGCUGCUGCUCUCCUGCCUCAACCAGCUGGCGCACGAUGAUGGCAAGCCCAUGUUCAUCUGGUGACGCUGGAGCUGGGAGGUCCAGGCUCGCUCAGCCCCACAGCCCUGUGCACGGCCAUUAAAGCUUCCCACAGACACUGGUCGCUGGGACUGCGCCAGCACUCCUGGGUGGUGCUGCCUCCUCUGGGGUGGCUCAUCGGGCCCCUGCACCGUACCCCUUCA